AUGAGUUGGCAUUGGGAGAGUUUCAGUUGGCUGGUGUUGCUCGGAGAUGCCUGCCCCUCAAUUUUACAUUGGCCCCAUUCACAGCACUGUCCGUGCAAUAGCAACUCCUGCAUUCGUCGAUCAUGCCAUCUUGCCUCAAGUCCAGUGGGCUUGGCGGUUUGUUCCUGUAUGCUGCGAAGCUUGGCUUUGUCUCCGAGCACCCAGAUGCUGAAGGUGCUCUGCCUUUGUGCCAUCGGUGCAUUUGGCUUUCCCAUCACCUCACUUGAAGUCACGAAGGCCCAGUUUUUGCAGCUCAACUCCAGCGGGGAUCAGGAUCCGUUGGCCACCAGCCUUCUGCUACCCGAACUAAGACGCUUCUUCAGCAGUGCGCAAGCUGCAAUUUCAGUGGGCCCUGGUGACAUCAUCAUUGAAAAUCGUUUCCCGGACACUGUCAUUGAUGAUAACUGCCACCACAAGGUUGAAGCACUGAAUGGCCAUGCGAAAGGAGACGUCAGGAACACAAGCUUCCUGACCGGUCGAGUCAAAGUAUCUUGGAGAUCGGUCUCUGUGUUUGUUGACGCAGAGCUGGUCGCCACGUUGGACAUUGGUGGUGAUGUGCGGGUUCGGGUUGGAGAAGAGAUCUUUGGCCACCACUGCACACAGCUUGCUCGGAAAACCAUGGGUCUGAAUGUAGACUCCGAUGGCAAGAACGGUGUUGGUAUCAAUAUGACUGCAUCAAAUGCCCGCUUGGAGCACCUGAAUGGAACUUGGUACUUGGCCUUCAACUUCCAUGCAGAUGUGGUUGGCACUGUCCUUGAAUGGAACGUUGAUAAGAUAACAGCCCAUGGAUGCAAGAUCAAGAUCCUCGACGUGGAAAUCGCAUCUGUGUGUGGCUAUGUUGAGCGACACGUAAAGGACAAGUUGCAGUCACUGCUGAAUUCUGUUGAACGCAUUGAUGCACCCAAGAUUUUGCACAAGCUCGAGGAGAAAAUCAACACUGAGAUUGGGUCCGUUGUGAAGAUUCCAUUGAAUAUUCCUGCGGAAGGUCAGGAUACUUUACGGCAAUUAUUAUCAGAGAGCUUGCGACUUAAAUCACGUUCCCGACUGUUUGGAUAUUGA